AUGAGCGACAGCGAGGACCUUGCGCCCCAGCAAUGGGACCAGCGCCUUCGGGACCUCACAGAAGUGGUGGAGAUCGGGCCCCUUCUCUUUGAGAGCAUGUCCAACACUUCGUACCGCCCUGUUGCCGGCCGCUCCGUCUUUGGCGGUCUUUUGAUCGCGCAGUCGAUGAAUGCGUCGAUCAAGACGGUUCCACCAGAGUUUGAGCUGAAUGAAACGCACGGCAAGUUUUUGAGCCCCGGAAAGCUCGAAAAAAUCCAGUUCCGCGUCGCGAAGUUGCGUGACGGCCGCUCGUACCUCACGCGCCGCGUGGACGCGUGGCAGGGGGACCGUUUCAUUUUUACGGCAUCCAUGUCCUUCCAGAUUCCGGAGCCGAAUCAGCCGCAGUACUACGCACCCCCGCCGGUCAUCAGCGCUUCCGGCGAUUUUAAGCUGAUGCACACCGUGCCGGACGGCCACAGCAAUAUCCCGAAACACGUUCUGCUGCCCGAGAUGUGCCCUCCGGGCACGAGCCGUGUCGAAUGGGGCCUGAAGAAUUUGCCCAAGGACCACGCCAUGUAUCCGCUGCUGGUAAAGGCCCACAACGACCAGAUGUGGCUCCCAGUGGAAUUCCGUCCUGCUGUGCCGACCAUGUAUACCAAGACCGGUGUCAUCCAAUUCGGCACGACCCUCGCGUACUGGAUGCGUUCCAAGGGACCGUGCGAGGGCUCGGACAACUACCAGCGGGCUGCGCUGGGCUUCCACAUCGACCAAUUCCUUCUGGGUAACAUGCAGGCGAAUAUUGACAAGGGAAGAGUGACCAUGAUGGCGAGCCUCGACCACACCAUGUGGUUCCACAACUCGUUCCAUAUGAACGACUGGCUCUUGAUGGUGAUCGAAAACCAGUCCGCAAGUAACGGACGUGCUCUUGUUCUCGGCCGCAUCUACCGCAGCGACGGCGUGCUUAUUGCUACUGCGAUCCAAGAGGGCGUGUUCCGGUACAAAGAAUCCAAGCUGUAG